AUGGCUUCCCAUGAGGAUGACACGAUGCCCGAGGAGACCCAGGGCUACAAGCUCUCGCAGCCCAAACAGAGCUUGGCUGAAUAUAGCCAGAUGGGCUGUUGGGGCGUCGUCUUGGAAGGCCUCUUGGCAACUCCGCCAACCGGGUCCGAACGAGCCUUGGGCAUGUCCCAACCCAACGCCGCUGUCGACGCACAACACGUGGCCGCCGCCGUCAGCGAAGCAAACAGUCGACCCUACACCAUGCCUCCAGCCGAAUGCCCUUUUUUAACGCUCUCCUGGGAGCCUUUGCCGUGCCCAUCUCGAUUUCCCCUCUUUCUCACCGCAUCUCGCCAGGCAUCGCCCACAGCGGUCUAUUGA